AUGAAUUAUCUAAAAUUAUUGUGCGCAAUUGAAGAAGAAUUGUUUCCAUAUUUUGAGCAUCAAAUAAGCACAGAAAGAACGUCAAAUAUGAUUGAAUUCACGGAAAUUGAUAAAUUGGUGCUUGCUAAGCCGAAAGAAACAUAUGAAGAACUGAAGAAAAUUUAUGACAGCAACGAGCAGUUGAGGAAUAAUAUUAAUUUAUUGUGGCGACUUGGUAGAGCUUGUUUCUUGUGGGCUAACAGCUUACAGAAGAAAGAUCCUAGAAAGAAAUCUCUAAUUCAUGAAGGUUUGAUUCUGGUUAUUGUAUUUUUUAUCAAAUAAAG